GCCAGUGACGUAAGGCGCAGCCGCGCGCCGGCGACGCCUGUCAUUGCCGGGGGGAGGUUUGUUCCUGAGGCGCAGCCGGCGCCAUGGCGGUUCUCCUGGAGACCACUCUGGGCGACGUGGUCAUCGACUUGUACACCGAAGAGCGGCCGCGCGCUUGCUUGAAUUUUCUGAAGUUGUGCAAAAUAAAAUAUUACAAUUAUUGCCUUAUUCACAAUGUACAGAGGGAUUUUAUCAUACAAACAGGAGAUCCUACAGGGACUGGCCGUGGAGGAGAGUCUAUAUUUGGACAACUGUAUGGUGAUCAAGCAAGCUUUUUUGAGGCAGAAAAAGUGCCAAGGAUUAAGCACAAGAAGAAAGGCACUGUGUCCAUGGUGAACAAUGGCAGUGAUCAACAUGGAUCUCAGUUUCUUAUCACUACAGGAGAAAAUCUAGAUUACCUUGAUGGUGUUCAUACAGUGUUUGGUGAAGUGACAGAAGGCAUGGACAUAGUUAAGAAAAUCAAUGAGACCUUUGUAGACAAGGAUUUUGUGCCAUAUCAAGAUAUCAGGAUAAAUCAUACAGUGAUUUUAGAUGAUCCAUUUGAUGACCCUCCUGAUUUAUUAAUUCCCGAUCGAUCACCAGAGCCUACAAGGGAACAAUUAGACAGUGGUCGAAUAGGAGCAGAUGAAGAAAUUGAUGAUUUCAAAGGAAGAUCAGCUGAAGAAGUAGAAGAAAUAAAGGCAGAGAAAGAGGCUAAAACUCAAGCUAUUCUUCUAGAGAUGGUGGGAGACCUACCCGAUGCAGAUAUUAAACCUCCAGAAAAUGUGUUGUUUGUGUGUAAAUUGAAUCCAGUGACCACAGAUGAGGACCUGGAAAUAAUAUUCUCAAGAUUUGGGCCAAUAAGAAGUUGUGAAGUUAUUCGAGAUUGGAAAACAGGAGAAUCCCUGUGUUAUGCUUUUAUUGAAUUUGAAAAGGAAGAAGACUGUGAGAAAGCAUUCUUCAAAAUGGAUAAUGUACUCAUAGAUGACAGGAGAAUACAUGUGGAUUUUAGCCAGUCUGUUGCAAAGGUUAAAUGGAAAGGGAAAGGUGGGAAAUACACCAAGAGUGAUUUCAAGGAGUAUGAAAAGGAACAAGAUAAACCAUCCAAUUUGGUUCUGAAAGAAAAAGUGAAGCCCAAACAGGAUGCGAAAUAUGAUCUUAUAUUAGAUGAACAGGCAGAAGACUCAAAAUCAAGUCACUCACACACAAGUAAAAAACACAAAAAGAAAACACGUCACUGCUCUGAAGAAAAAGAAGAUGAGGAAUACAUGCCAAUCAAAAACCCUAAUCAGGAUAUCUACAGGGAAAUGGGUUUUGGCCAUUAUGAAGAUGAAGAAAGCUGUUGGGAGAAACAGAAGAGCGAAAAGAGAGACCGGCGUCAGAACCGCAGUCGGAGCCGAUCUCGAGAAAGGGACGGUCACUAUAGCAACAGCCACAAACCCAAGUACCAGGCAGAUUCGUAUGAAAGGGAAAGGAGUAGAAAGAGAGACCGGAGCAGAAGUCCAAAGAAGUCCAAAGACAAAGAGAAAUCUAAGUACAGAUGAGCGGGACGGGUGGAAAUGAAUGUCUAGCAGGUCUGCUCCUGUCUGACCUGGGGCACUCACAGUCACACGGACUUCCGCUGUCACAGCUAACUCACCUGACAGUCACACGGACUUCCGCUGUCACGGCUAACUCACCUGACAGCCUUCCAGGUUCACACUGACGGUGGGGGCACUGGAAGACAGUGGGCAUUUCCUGUGUGUACUUUUUAUACAGAUUUUAUUGUUAUGCAUACACGGUAGCGUUCAUAUUUAGCAUCUUUCAUAUUUUCAGUCCUUUAUAAAUGAAGCAUUUCAUACCACAGAAGUCCAUAAAUUGUAUAUAAGACAUAAAACAGUAAGUUGUACACCUGGCCGUAGUAUAGGAGAUGGAGGGUCACUCACUGGAAGUUCCAUGUGCCCCUUCCCCCUCCAGGAAUUGUGAGUUGUGUUUGCCUGCUGUUAAUUUUAUAUGGUUUUGAAUUUUAUAUAAAUAUAUGAUGUAUGUUUCCUUCUGUGACUUUUUAAAAUAGUUGACUUUUAUUGCUAUGUAAUUGUCAUGAAUGUGAAGCAUUUGCUCUGUUGAUGGACUUUUGAGUUAGUUUUCACUAGUUUUGUUAGUUUUUGCUAUCUAAGCAGUGCCACUGUGAACAUCUUAGUUUGGGUGUGGUACUAUCUAGCCAUAUUGUUUGACUUUUCAAUGCAUUUAUAAUUAUGGUUGCUUAAUUUAUUUGGUAUGUGAAUGUGUAUGGGAGCAGGGGUAGCCGCAAGAUUAUCAGUCACCAUGCAGCUUAGCGCAUUGUCAUACAUGCUUGACCACCAAUAAAAAAAGGCUUAAUUGCAUAAGAAACUAGCAUCCUGGCCAGGGAGAUGGCUCAGUUGGUACCAUGCUUGCCUCACGAGCACAGGACUGAGUUCAGAUCCUCAGGACUACAUAACCAUGCUGACAGUGCAUGCACUGGGGAUGUAGGAGCAGGUGAAGCUUCAGGGUUAGUGAGGAACCUUGUCUCAAAAACCGUGGUGGGGAACCAUUGAGGAAGACACCUGACUUUGACCUCUUGCCUGCCUCCACGUCCAUGUGUAAAAUUGUGCGUGCACACACAUGCAGAGCUAUCCUGGGUAGAAAACUGCUUGCACAGAUGAUUCUAAAGUGUGGUCUGGAAAAAUGAGGAACAGUGAGAAGUCACCUACUGACAGCUGAGACUUGAUUUAAUAGCUCUGGAAUAUUGACAUGGUAAAAGUUUAUGCACCAAGCAUUUCAAGGAAAAAAAUAUCCUUUAUUGCAAAUGAUGAAAAGCUGUUCUAUUUUUCCUAUAUACUUGACAGUAAUUUUAUAUACUUAUGGAGGUGUAAUAUGUUUUGAUAUAUGUUCAUAUUCUGGGACAAGUAAAUCCAUUUACAAAUGUU